UGAGUCGCCUCCAGGUGGCUGCUCUCCUCUCCGGGCCGCGCAGGCAGCGCGGGAGCCACUCUGUUUUUGGGUCCUCGCUGCCCUUCCACGUCUCCCGGAAGAGUUUUAGGGCCGUGGCAGGACCGUGACAGGUACGGGACGAAGUUUGCUCAGUCUGGGCCCUCUCCCGGCUGGCGGCUGAGGGGGGUGGCCCAGGAGGGCGUCGAGGCUGUGGUGCAGCCACUCCAGAGUCCUCAGGUUCCCCAAUAGGAUUAUUCUGCUGCCAUCAUGUCUUGGUUUGCUGAUCUUGCUGGAAAGGCAGAAGAUCUUUUAAACCGAGUCGAUCAAGGGGCUGCAACAGCCCUCAGUAGAAAGGAGAACACCAGCAACAUCAUAUAUAGCAAAAAUACUGACUAUCCUGAACCUCACCAGCAAAAUACAGAUCUGACUUAUACUGGACCCAAAGAUAAUUAUAUUUCCUCAGCAGCGGAUAAGAUUAAAAAUCAAACAACCACCGUCUUAGCUGGCACUGCAAAUGUGAAAGCAGGACCUAGGACAUCAGUGGAGGCCUCCCAUCCUGUUGAAAACACAUCUGUUUCUAGGCCUUCAUCCCAGUUUGUUCGGAGAAAAAAGUCAGAACCUGAUGAUGAGCUGCUGUUUGAUUUUCUUAAUAGUUCACAGAAGGAGCCUACUGGGAAGGUGGAAAUCAAAAAAGAAAGAGGCAAGAUACAUGUCCUUCAGAGUUCUCGGACAGCAAGUGUCAGUUCUGUGAACACCAGUGUAAACACCAUCAAAACCACUGAAGAAAAUCCUUCUGUGAACCAAAGCCAUGAAGCCUCUAACAGUUCAGAUUCUGGUCAUGAAGUUCAAGAGGAUUCUUCAAAGGAAAAUGUAUCAUCAAAUGCUUCCUGCGCUGAUCACCAUCCAGUACCUACUGAUGAUGGCAAAUCUCAUGAACUGUCUAAUCUUCGACUGGAAAAUCAACUGCUGAGGAAUGAAGUUCAGUCUUUAAAUCAAGAAAUGGCUUCAUUACUGCAAAGAGCCAAGGAAACUCAAGAAGAAUUAAACAAAGCAAGAGCAAGAGUUGAAAAGUGGAAUGUUGACCAUUCAAAUAGUGAUCGAAUAACUCGAGAACUUCGAGCCCAAGUGGAUGACCUGACUGAAGCGGUGGCUGCAAAGGAUUCCCAGCUGGCUGUACUGAGAGUGAGGCUACAGGAAGCUGAUCAGCUACUGAACACUCGCACAGAAGCUUUAGAAGCCUUACAGAGUGAAAAAUCACGAAUAAUGCAGGAUCACAGCGAAGGUAGUAGCCUGCAGAAUCAAGCUCUGCAAACUCUUCAGGAGAGACUGCACGAAGCGGAUGCCACUCUGAAGAGAGAGCAGGAGAGCUACAAACAGAUGCAGAGUGAGUUUGCUGCACGCCUUAAUAAAAUGGAAGUGGAACGUCAGAAUUUGGCAGAAGCGGUUACUCUGGCAGAAAGAAAAUACUCGGAUGAGAAGAAGAAAGUUGAUGAGCUGCAGCAGCAAGUCAAGAUGCAUAAGUCCAACUUAGAGUCCUCGAAGCAGGAAUUAAUUGACUACAAGCAAAAAGCUACUAGAAUACUCCAAUCUAAAGAAAAAUUUAUCAACAGCUUAAAGGAAGGAUCUGGUUUUGAAGGCCUAGACAGCAGUGCUGCUAACAGCAUGGAGCUAGAAGAACUUCGGCAUGAAAAGGAGAUGCAGAGGGAAGAAAUACAGAAGCUGAUGGGUCAGGUGCAUCAGCUGAGAUCUGAAUUACAGGAUAUGGAGGCUCAGCAGGUUAGUGAAGCAGAAUCCGCAAGAGAACAGUUACAAGACCUGCAAGACCAAAUAGCUGGGCAGAAAGCGUCUAAACAAGAACUGGAGGCAGAACUGGACCGACAGAAGCAGGAAUUCCGCUACAUAGAAGAAGAUCUGUAUCGAACAAAGAACACAUUGCAAAGCAGAAUUAAAGACCGAGAAGAAGAAAUUCAAAAACUCAGGAAUCAGCUUACCAAUAAAGCCUUAAGCAACAGCAGCCAGUCCGAGCUGGAAAGUCGACUCCAUCAGCUGACAGAGACUCUCAUCCAGAAGCAGACCAUGCUGGAGAGUCUCAGCACAGAAAAGAACUCGCUCGUCUUCCAGCUGGAGCGCCUUGAGCAGCAGAUGAAAUCUGCCACUGGAAGUGGUAGUAAUGGGUCUUCCAUUAAUAUGUCUGGAGUUGACAGUGGCGAAGGCACACGUCUACGAAACGUCCCUGUUCUUUUUAAUGACACAGAAACUAAUCUGGCAGGAAUGUAUGGAAAAGUCCGCAAAGCUGCUAGUUCAAUUGACCAAUUUAGUAUCCGUCUGGGAAUUUUUCUCCGAAGAUAUCCCAUAGCACGAGUUUUUGUAAUUAUAUAUAUGGCUUUGCUUCACCUCUGGGUCAUGAUUGUUCUAUUGACUUACACACCGGAAAUGCACCAUGACCAACCACACGGCAAGUGAAGUUGUGCCAGCGAUUGCUUGUCGUUUUCCAGACUUGCAGUCUGCGGAAGGGUCAGUUGCCUAUAAUUCCUAAGGAGGGCACGAGUCAUUAUAUCACUACAGCUUUUAACUUUUUAAAUUAUUACACAAGUACUCUGCUACCUAAGGCCUCCUCUAAUGUCCUUCAAAUGGUAAGAGUUUCUGAAACAAAGACAGUAAUUUAACAGGCUCAGCUCUGCUGCUUCUGAGGCUGGUGGUUCAGUGUACAUAUGUAUACACACGAGAUGCUGGGUUGUUCACCUCUGCGCAGACCGUUCUGUGUCGUAGGUGACACUCAAUAUGGGCUAUAAUCAGGGAGACUAAUUGUAUUUAGUGAUAUAAAUAAAAUGUUUUCUUUUUUGAUAAUUCAGUCUGCUUUUGUAUUUUCAUAUAUUUAACUUGGCAAAUACAGAUUUACUUUUACAUGUUAAAGGCCUGGUUGGUAUAAAGCUUUUUAUAAACACAUAAAUAAAA